AUUGGGCGGCUCCUCGUCUCACCUCGCCUCUCGGCUCCUCCAACCGGUCGGACAGGAACGCCUGUUGACACCGUUAUUUCCAGCGCACGCAUGCUCAUUUCUAAAUUUCCUGAAAGUAAUGCACUUGAGAAAAUGUGGCUCUUUUCAAAAACACGCGUUGAUGGAAUCACACCCUUCCAGCUGCCAAAAAAAUCGAGCAGGUAAACCCGCUGUGCUGUAGAGGUGUGUGCGCACCGCACUUCGGAGCGGCUCGAGGUGGGCUGCUUCCGGACAUUUACCUGCGGCCCGCGGCACGUCGGUGCUCCAGCAUGCCCAGAGCGUUUCUAGUGAAGCGAAGAAAACCUUCAGGCUCAGCAAAACCCUUGGAAGAGCCACAGGACAGUGCCUCUGCAGGUUCAUUAGGUGGCACAGAAGAUUCAGCCAAAGAUAAGCAACGCUUGACCAGACUCAUACCUAACUGGAACAAAAUAAAAACUCCAAAGCACUGCUUUUCCGGCACAGAUGAGUCACCAGCUGAUACGCCGUGUCUGAGGCCUGAAGUAAAACUCACGACAUCCAGGGUGGAAAUCCAGCUCACCACAGACUCCAGCACUUUAAAUGACCUUUACAAAUGUGUUUUAUGCAACAAAGUGCUCCGAAACCAGCGGAUGCUGAACCGUCACAUCAAGUCUCACAGCCAGUACAAGAAACACAUGUGCACCUUCUGUGGCAAAGGGUUUAAUGACACUUUUGACUUAAAAAGGCACACCAGGACUCACACAGGUGUCCGUCCUUACAAGUGUGAGAUUUGCUCCAAGGCGUUUACUCAGCGAUGCUCAUUGGAAGCGCACCUUCGGAAGAUCCAUGGGGCAGCUCUCCACUUUGCCUACAAGCAACGUAGAGACAAACUAUACAUCUGUGAAGAAUGCGGCUAUGCCACCCAUAGCCAAGAGGUCCUCCAUCUUCAUCUUCAAGACAAUCACCCAAGCAGCACAUUUCUGAGAAAAGCGUCGAAAAAAAUGGAAAUGACACUACAAAAGAAACAAGGAGAGGACCAAACUGAAAACAGUACUGCCGAUGAAGGAAGUCGUUAGAGUUGGCCUCUUGUCCCCCAAAUACAAGCAUCUUAGAGUCUGAUAUAAUGUAAAACAACCCGGUCAACACAUUUCAAGGUAAAUGUUGUCACCUGUCCUAAAGAGAAGGAUUUAAUGUGCCUUUGGGUUUUAGGUACACACUUAGAAAGUACUAAAAAUGGAAGUUGUGUAGAGUGUACUUUUGCCUUCAUUGUGUACGUUAGACCACCGUACUGAUUAGUGAUGAACAUUUAAACAAAAGCCUACCAGUAACUCAACUUAAUAUAGAUUUCUGCAAACAGAAACUAAAAUUGCUGACCUUGACAUAAAUUUAGCGCAGUUGUGAACAAACACAACACAGACCGGGUGCAGGCAGGCACUGCUUGUUUUUGGAUCCUAUCAGGAAAUGCAAAAUCUCCUUUGAGAUGAUGAUGAACCCUUUGGCUUGAUUCUGUUCCCAGGUCCAAAACAAAGGCUUGGCAGUGAAUUCUGAAUUCUUUUCAAAUAUCAGUGCUAAUAUGCACUGCUAUUUAGAUCACAAGAUCUCAUACCCAACUUACUUUAAGGUUUGGGGAUGACAUGGCCGCACAGUGGCUGGAGCUGCUGCCGGUUCUUCACAGGCACAGUGUUCUGGGUUUCAGUUUCAUGCCCAGCCCAUGUUCAGAGGCACAUUCUCACCGAGUUUCCCUCUGGGUACUUCACUUUUCCUCCCAAAUUCCCAAACACAUGCAAUUUAUGUUAAUUGGUAAAUCUAAUCUGGUAGGGCCAUUAGCAUGUGUGUGUAUGAGUGGAGUCUGAAAUGGACUGAUGUCCUAUCCAGCUCCAUUUUCUGUCUUGUGCCCAGUAUUGCCAAGAUACUGGAUAAAGUAGGUUUGGGAAUGGCUGACUGUCUGACUUUUAGCUUGGCUUGUUCAUUUGUUUGCUAAAAGGUAGCCCACUUCUAAUGAGCACACUCUAAUGUAAAUGACCACUGUUGAUAAACACAGUGCCUAUAAAAGUACUCACCCACUUGGAUCUUUUCACAUUUUAUUGUUAUACAACAUUGAGUCACAGUGGAUUUAAUUUGGCUUUUGUGACACUGAUCAUCAGAAAAUGACUCUUUAAUGUCAAAGUGAGACGAGAUCACUGCAAAGUGGUUCAAAUUACAAAGUAAUUACAAAUGUAAAACACAAAAUGAAUAAUUUCAGACAAUAGGUAUUCACCCUCAUCCGCUCAGUAUUCAGUAGAUUUACCUUUGGCACCCAUGCCAGCCUUGAGUCUGUGUGCUCAGGUCUCUCUCUGUCAGUUUUGCACAUCUGGACACUGCCAUUGUGCCCCUAUUCUUCUUGAUAGAAGUGCUCAGACUCUGUCAGGUGUCAUGGGGAUCAUGAGUGAGUAGCCUUUUUUUGGAUAAUGCUACAAAUUCUCAAAUGGAUUGACAUCUGCACUCUGUCUUGGCCCCUCCAGGACAUUAACACACUGUUUUUAAGUCCUUCCUGUGUAGCUUUAGCUUUGUGCUUGGGAUGGCUGUCUUGCUGGAAAACAAAUUUUCUCCCAAGGAGAAAGGUUUCUUGUAGAAAGUAUUGUUUUCCUCCAGGAGUUCAUUGUGGUUUUCUCAUCCAUUUUCCUCUUACAAGCCUUCCAGGGCCUGCUGCAGAGAAACAUCCCCACACCCUGAUGCUGACACUGCCAUGCUUCAAGGCGUGUUUUUGAUAGUGUUUGACUUAACUACAAAAAAAAGAUCAAAUUUGGUCUCAUCAAACUGUAGAACCUUCUUCCAAAUGACUUCAGAGUCUCUCAUGUGCCUUCUUGCCAACCCUAGCUGAGACGACGUGUGUUCUUUUCUCUAUGCCACUCUCCCAUAAAGCUGUAGUUGGCAUAUCACUUGGGUGACAGAUGUCUGCAUCUUGUAACUCCUUCAGAAUUCUCAGAGGUCUCUUGGUGGCCUUCCUCACAAGUCUUAUUCUUGCACAAUCAAUCCAGUUUUUGUUGAUGGCCUGCUCUCGAUAGAUUUACACCUGUGCCAUACUCUUUAUAUUUCUUAAUGGUUGAUUUAACUGGACUCUAAGGGAUAUUAAGUGACUUGGAUAUUUUCUUGUCUCCAUCCCCUGAUUUGUGCUUUGAAUCUCCUUUUCACAGAGUUGCUUGUUCUUUGGUCUUCAUUGUCUAGGUUAGACCACCAUAUUGACUCACCAAGUUCUCCCUUCCAUAUACAGGAGCAUUUCUACUAUAAUUGACUGAAACCCUUGACAGACUGUCUCUAUUAACUUAUUACUAUGACUUCUAUAGUCAACUGGUGUUGAUUUAGGUGUGUCAUAUUAAAAGUGGUGUAUACUUAUGUGGGUGAUUAUUUUGUGUUUUAUAACUAGCUGUGCUACCUGUCUCAGAUGGAUUGAACUCUAGGUAGUUAACACACACAUCGGAGUUAACAUUUGCAUUGCGCCAUUGAUUGUAUUUUUUUAAUGCCUGUAGUAAUAAAAUGCAUUUGUAUUUGUCAUUCCAACAGAUGGCGCAUCACAAA